AUGGCGGUGUGGGCUCGCCGGCUGUCCCGGGGCUGGUGUUUGCUGACGAGAGCCCUUGCGCCUGAAGUUCCUCACGGGCUGAGGAGUCACAGCAGCAAAACACGGACGUGUCAAGUGUCCUGCCCCCCGGCUUUACUGCCCUCGAGAAAUGGCUUUUUUCUGUGGAAAGCGCAGAGCUUCAGGCCUUUAUCUGCAGAGAGUUGUGCUCGGCCUGAUGGCUCCAAGGAUGGGUCGCUUGAGUCUCCCGAAAGCCCUUUGCCUGCACAGGUAGACCAGAAACAAGAAAAAGCAGAAACGAUCCCUGACCUGAAUGCAGACGUGCUGUAUGAAGACUGGGAUGACAUCCAACCCUCAUCUGCUUUGGAGGAGAUAUCUGAGGAAGAAGCUGUAAAGAUCACUGCAAAGCCACUUCUUCCCUUCCAGUCUUCCACGCUCCGAGAUUAUGUUGACCACUCGGAAACCCUGACAAAACUGGUGCACCUAGGAGUUGAUUUAUCCCAGGUGGAGAAACGUCAAAAGGCAGGCCAGCUCUUACUGACUUUGGACUUUGAAAAAGACAUAAAAAAAAUACUUCUGUUUCUUAAGGAUGUGGGUGUAGAAGACAAUCAACUGGGAUCAUUCCUGACCAAAAAUCCAUUCAUUCUUGGUGAAGAUCUGGAAGCCUUAGAGACCCGAGUGGCUUACCUAAAAUCAAAAAAAUUUGGUAAGGCAGAAAUCGCUCAGAUGGUCUCGAGAGCUCCGUAUUUGCUGUUAUUUUCAGUGGAAAGACUGGAUAACAGACUGGGUUUCUUCAAAAAUGAACUUGGCCUCAGUGUCACAAAGACAAAGGAUCUGGUUGUUCGUCUUCCAAGGUUACUGACUGGCAAAUUAGAACCUGUAAAGGAAAACAUACAGGUAUGUCAGAUUGAACUCGGUUUUCAACGUAAUGAAAUUCAACACAUAAUGUUUAAAACCCCCAAGAUUUUAACUUCAAGCAAAAAGAAGCUCAGAAAAAUAUUUGACUAUCUACACAAUGUCAUGGGCAUUCCCCACAAUCUGCUUACUCAGUUUCCUCAGGUUUUCAACUCAAGAUUGCUGCGAAUCAAAGAGAGACAUUUGUUUCUUAAGUUCCUGGGAAGAGCCCAGUAUGACCCAGCACAACCCAGCUACAUCUCUCUGCACCAGCUGGUGUCCUUGCCCGAUGAGGUCUUCUGCACAGAGAUUGCCAAAGCCUCAAUGCAGGACUUUGAAAAAUUCUUAAAAACACUUUAAUUAGUAACACAUGUAAAAAGGAAUAAACUGAAAGUAUGAAAUAAACUUAUUUUAUAAUAUAAAGCUAC